AUGUCGAAAGGAUCACGGCCACCUGCCAUUUUCCCCGCAAUAUUGCUAAUUGAUCUUCUGCACGUGGGGAUGAUCAUGGCUGCUGCAGUAGUACUUGACCCCGCAGCAGCCACGGGAAAAGAACCCAUUCUGGAGUUAUACAUGCACGACAUUCUCGGGGGCAGUAACCCUACAGCCAGGCCAGUCACUGGCUUGCUAGGCAACAUCUACAAUGGUCAAGUGCCCUUUGCAAGGCCAAUAGGGUUCAUUCCCCCACAAGGUGGGGUUGCAAUCCCCAAUGCCAACGGCGCAGUUCCAACGUUCAACGGUCUCAAUGGCAUCCCACUGGGAACUGGCCUUAUAGGUAACCCAAACAAUCAGAACCAACUGGGACCAGAUGGGUUGGGACUAGGGUUCGGAACAAUCACAGUCAUCGAUGAUGUGCUGACCUCUGCGCCUGAGUUGGGGUCACAGACAGUAGGAAAAGCUCAAGGAGUUUAUGUGGCGAGCUCAGCAGAUGGAGCUACACAGAUGAUGACGUUUACGGCCAUGAUUGAAGGAGGGGAGUAUGGGGAUAGCCUCAACUUCUAUGGCGUAUAUAGGAUAGGAAGCUCCAUGUCAUACUUGUCUGUGACUGGCGGUACUGGGAAGUUCAAGAAUGCUUGUGGCUUUGCCGAGGUUCGCUCGCUCAUACCACCUGGUCAACAUGCCAGAGACGGUGCAGAAACAUUGCUGAGGAUUACUGUGCAUCCGAGCUAUUGAUAAG